GCCAUGCUCGCCACCCCGAUGACCCCGCAGUCCUCCUCCUCAUCCUCGUCCAACAUGGCCUGUCGGGCCAACCCUCCCACGCUCUCCUCCCGACCUAAGCUCACCCUUCAAACCACCUCCCUUCCUCGCACCUUUGGCACAUCCUCGACGGGGCUGUCCCUGUCCCUAGCCGCCGGGCCUACAGCAUCUCCCACCGUCCGCAACACCUUCAAGAAUGCCUACGAGGUCACUGGCCCUCCAUCCGCCACCGCCUCCCCCUCUUCCAAAUAUCCCAACAACCGCUUCAGCAAGCCGUCCUCGCCAUACACCACCCACAAUCCAUACCAACUCCCGCUGGGGGUGAAGAGUAUUCUGCGCAACUCGCCGCUAGAGCCGAGCUGCCGCCGUCGAACUAGUUCGGUGGCCACCACCGGGCCGAAUGGUGGACCGAGCGCCCGGCGCGUCUUCUUUCCCGCCAAGAAGCAGGUCAGUUAUCGCUGUCCGUUGGAGGAGGAGAUCAAGACCGUGCACUACACCGCUCGCCACUCCGAUCUUCACGACGACCCCGAACCGGUGCCCCAGCUGCUCGAGCCAGCCUCUUCAGAUGAGGAUUCUGAUUCCAGUGCGAGCGUGGGACCCUCGGACACCAGCACAUCCGAGGAUGAGCCUGAGACCGAGACGGGCAAGACUCCCUUGUCUCCCGUCAAGCGCAGGAAGCGGAAACUUCCGAAUGCCGACAGGCAAGUUCGGGCCGUGGCCCUGAUGGACGGAAUCGCAGCCAACCACCACCACCAAGACACUCUGACGCCGCAGACGCCGUGCAGGAAACGGGCCAAGCGUCGCUGCGAAUGGCGAUGGACCCUGGGGCCGUUGGAGCAUCGUGAAACCCAGCUGCAUCCCGUGUCGGAUGAGACCGUUGCGCCUUCAUCCGCGUCCCAGCCUGAAACGAUACCGUUGGAGUCAGAAACUGAGACCCCCUCGUCCGACCUGCCCUUAUCCAGCGCCAGUACUACCACCACCUGCUACCACUCCAGUCCCAGUUCAUCUGUCGCUUCGGAUCUGGAGCACAUGACUCACGACCUUGAAUGCACGCAUGCCGAUCAAUGA